GGGCCCGCUGCUCAGCUCAGCCACUUUCUUCUGGCAAGAGACGCUCCCAAGCCACAGCGGUCACCAUGGUGCAGUGGACUUCCGAGGAGAGGCAGCUCAUCACCUCCCUUUGGGGCAAAGUCGAUGUGGCCACCGUCGGUGCCGAAACCCUUUCCUGUCUGCUGGUGAUGUACCCCUGGACCCAGAGGUUUUUUCAUGAAUUUGGGAACCUCUCCAGCGUCACUGCCAUCUGUGGCAACCCCAGGGUGAAGGCUCACGGCAAGAAGGUGCUCACCUCCUUCGGAGACGCCAUCAAGAACCUGGACAACGUCAAGGCCACUUUUGCGAAGCUGAGCGAGUUGCACUGCGACAAGCUGCACGUGGACCCCGAGAACUUCAAACUUCUGGGCAAUGUUCUCAUCAUCGUCCUGGCGAACCACUUUGGGAAGGAUUUCACCCCGGCCUACCACGCCGCCUACCAGAAACUAGUCAACGUGGUGGCCCACGGACUGUCCCGCCGGUACCACUGAGCUGACGUGACGGGAGAAGCAGCCGCUGCCUCGUCUUCACUCACAGGGAACCCCCUCCGAUCCCCCCCCCCGGCGCUACUCUCUAAUAAAAGUCAUCGCCCUGCAAGCUGA